GCCUGCAGAAGCAGCACGUAUAAACGUUCAUAAGAGCUGUAGCAGUGAUGUUCGUCAUUGCGACAACAUAUAACUGACCAGAACAUAUUUCCGUGAACUGACAAAAUGGUUUGAAUUGGAGUUUGUCCUAAAGCACCAUAGUUAAUACAUAUCACUUAUUAGGUGGCACUUGUGUUUUGUUGUAAACGUUUGUUUUACAGCGUAGGUGGACGGCAUAAAUAAAGUUGUAAUGUUACAUCGUCUAAUUUUGAGAGAGUCAAGACUGUUGUCCGCGACGGCAUUUAGCAUUUGUGGACUUGUGCGGUUGAGAACUGUGUGUUUUAUCACUUGUGAACGCAUGGUCGGUAUUCUCUGGAGGGUCGCUGUUCCAAGACUCCUUGUUUCGAGUUUUCAGACUUGCUCCCCAGCUUGUUAUUCAGUAGGCUCCAAACUUUUCUCACAGCGGAAUACGCUUGGCGGAGUUGAAUCUCAGCAUUAUCAUAUGGUCUACACUUGCAAGGUUUGCAGAACAAGGUCCAUGAAGAAAAUCUCUAAGCUUGCAUAUCAUAAUGGUGUUGUAAUUGUCAAAUGUCCUGGCUGCAACAACCAUCAUAUUAUUGCAGACAAUCUAGGAUGGUUCUCUGACUUGGAUGGAAAAAAGAACAUUGAGGAGAUUAUGGCAUCCAAAGGGGAAAAGGUGAGACGUGUGGUCAGUGAAGAAGCUUUGGAAGUCACACUGGAGGACAUCAUGGGUAGGGAAACCCAGAGUAAGCCAAAUGAUGAAGAUCAAACUGUUGUCGCUAAAACAGAAGAUAAAUCCACAACAUGAAAUUUUGUUGACUGAUUAUUUGAUAUUAUGGUGAAUUUUUCAUCUAGCAGAUAUUAUAAUAUUCAUGUCUGAUGGUUAAUGCAUUAAAACGUCUAUUCGUUAUGAAGCUACUUAUUA